AUGGCUAUGGCAGUGGCGAAGGUGUGGGGCGAUGGCAUUUACAAUGACGUUGGAAAUAUGAUGGAUUUUACUGAGCCGACCCUACAUUGCACUACUCUUCAAGCUCUUCAACUCUAUAUCGUCCACUCACAGCUCUCAACCAUGGCCGAACAGACUGAAAAGGCCUUCUUGAAGCAGCCCAAGGUUUUUCUGAGCUCGAAGAAGUCAGGGAAGGGGAAGAGGCCUGGAAAGGGAGGAAACCGAUAUUGGAAGAACAUUGGUUUAGGCUUCAAAACUCCCAGAGAGGCCAUCGAAGGAACAUAUAUUGAUAAGAAAUGCCCUUUUACUGGCAAUGUCUCAAUCAGGGGUCGCAUACUUGCUGGUACUUGCCACAGUGCCAAGAUGACGAGAACAGUCAUUCUCCGACGCAACUACCUGCAUUUUGUCAAGAAAUACCAGAGGUAUGAGAAGAGGCAUUCAAACAUUCCAGCCCACAUUUCCCCAUGCUUCCGAGCGAAAGAAGGAGACCAUAUUAUUAUUGGCCAGUGCAGGCCAUUGUCAAAAACAGUGAGGUUCAAUGUGUUGAAAGUGAUUCCAGCUGGGUCUUCUGGUGGUGGGAAGAAGGCGUUUGCAGGAAUGUGAAUUUAGAGUCUCAAUCUUCGUUCAGUUUUACAAUAUUUUGGACUCGAAUCUGUUAAGAUUGUCCGACUUUUGUUAGUUGAAACUUUAUUUGCCAUUGAAGGCUUAAAUUUUGUUAGUCACCAAUUUAUGAUAUCAACGAUUCAGAUUCUCCUAUUCUUUUUAGUUGGGAUUGGAAUGUCUUAAGCCUACAUUCUGAUAUUGGGUACAUUCACUGUCCAAAUGCUUUGUGAAAUCUUUAUAAAAGGACUGUUCCAAAAUGAAC